CACUGAUUACUUGUGCGGUAAACAUUCCAGGUGGACGAAAAUAAACACCUGCGAAGAAUUUAUACAGUGAAACGGAAAAGUAUCCCGAGGUCUUCAUUAAAUUCAAAUUUCCCUUUAUAUGUAUAUGUUAUAAUUGUAUAUAUAUAUAUAAGGAGCAAAUCUAGUUGAGUGAGCGAGGAUGGCGGACGAGACAUUGGCUAAGGCAGGACUUUACUUUGAUGAACUCAAUAAGAUCAGAGUGUUAGAGCCUGAGGUUGCCCAGCAGACCUCCGAGUUGAAGGAUGAAUGUAAAGAGUUUGUUGAUAAAAUACGUGACUUUCAUGAACGAGCUGAUCACUUUAUUCAGGUUGCUGACAAUCUGAGUGCAGCUGUGGAGUCAGAAAAAAUGAGAGCUAUUGGUUCAAGAAACUUAAUAAAGAGCAUGAGUAAGCAGCGGGAGGCUCAACAGCAGCAGCUACUGGCAUUAAUUGGAGAAAAGAAGCUGGAACUGGAAAGGCUGCGUGUCCAGUAUGAAUCCCUUCAGCGUACUGAGGCAGAACAACUUGAGUUUAUUGAACAAUUUAUAAUGCAGAAGUGAAAUAUGACACACCAUGUAGCACUAUUAUUGAUGUAGCAUUUAAUAGGGUUAUCCUGCCAGGUCUACACAAUAAUGACACGAGCAAAUAAAUAAAAAACCUUGUAACUUUGGGGUUUUCUUUUGUAUAUCAUAGUACAAGAUAAAAAUUACCUUAAAAAGAGGGCACUUGGUAUGAAAAAGAGAGGUUCCUGACCUGAUGCCCCGUGUUGACAAAAGAAUGGUACUGUACUGUACCUGUACAGUGAACUCUUCGGUGGAGAGGCACAGGUUGUGGUGGAGUGGUUCUGCCACAAUUAGCUUGGAUGUAUAACAAGAACAAAUACAUAUCUGCGAGAAUAUGUAGCACAUAGCGAAAACUGUUCACUAAUUUAAAAAUUUUGUAAAUGUUAAUAAGUACAGUACUGAAAGUACCUGCUUGUUGUGUGUUUGUUGUCAAGUUGCUAAUGAAUUAGGGAAGGUGCCCAUAUAGCAUCACACCCUAACAUGAUGCCUGCAUAACAUCCAGCAAGUGACAAUGCCAUGCCUAGCACAAAGAAAAUCAGGUAAACAAUUCCUGUACCUUGGGCACCUAAUUGAAGGUUGUACGACAGUACUGUAUAGUGCUGGUGUUGCUCUAGGUUUGCCUCUCAUGAAAUCACUCAGUUUACAUGAUUCUUACAUGUUAUAUGCUUAUUUUCUUAAUGUCACGAGUAGUAAAAACAGGUGUAGACAGUAGUUGAAUGCAAACUGUUACUGACUGGUGGCUGUGGUUUCAUUGAUGAACAUGUUGGGAGAGGAAAGAGAUGCUCAAACCUCUUAUUCAUAUUUUUAUACUGUGUUGUAUUUCAUAUUCUGUAUACAGUACAGUACUGUAUUUUCAGCCAUAUAAGGUACACUUUUUUCCAAAAGAAAAAAAUCACAAAAUUACCCAGGAUAUUAUGAUGGUUAACCCUUAAAAGAUCUGAUUGACACACUGGUUCCUAGACAACCCCAGUUGCCAUUUAAAUUCGGUUUACACCAAGCCUCACAUGGCUCCAACCCUCCCACCCAGGGAGCAACAACUUGGCCCAAUAUGGCUGUACACCAUGUGUCUAAGAGCAACAAAACACUCGGGUAUUUUUAUGUACAGUACUACAUACAUGUAUUUAAUGCAUUUAUUUUUUAUCAUUUUAUAUUAUUUUUUACAUCUAGAUUUAUGUAUAUACUGUACAGUAUUAUGUUUUUAUUUAUAUUUAAGGGUUUGUGUAUUAAAAAUCACUCCAAGUACUCUGUACCUCCAAAAUUGACUUGAAUUAUUUUUCACGUCUUAUGUGAUAAAAAAAAUUUCGCAGGAACCUAACCACCCCUAUUUACAUUUUAACUUAUGAGAAAAAUUUAUUCACUGUGUUGUUUUUAUUGUUUUUUAAAUGACACCUCUGAGAAAUGCAUACUGAAUACCGGUAAGACAUUAAUUGGGGACUCUGUGUGUAGUCAGGACAACCAGUACAAAAAUGUUUUAGAAAGAAAAACUAUCAUCUUCAAAACAUCAAGUCAUAUUAAUGCAAAUACUGUAUUGUUAUUAGUCAUCAACAAAACUUUCUGCACCUUUAUGGUGUUAUACAAUAUGAUACACCGGACCAAGAAUUCUGAACAACUCUCAUUUACGCGGGUGAUUCCUGUUAAUUUCUCUGUAUUAACUUUUAGUGAUAUAAAAAAUACUUCAUACUGGGUAUACAAUGCAUCACACAACCAGAAAUUCCAACCUUACCAAAUUAAUAUGGCCCCAGUGAUCAUUGCAGAGGCCAUCAGACCAAGGGGUGCAGAAAUUUUUUUUGCUGCCUGUACACAUCAGUUACUGUAACCUGUGGUCAUGUACUGUACCACAGUAUAUAAACUGAGUCAGCUGUGUUGCGGUGAGUUUUAGGGAUGAAAGGGGUUUAACAUUUACAGUGCAAUGGUCAGUUUAAAGCACAGCAGUCACUCUGCUGCCAAUCUAACACAACAGUCGAGAUUUACAUAAUGUUUAAUGACAAUAUUCCACCAAUAAAGUUUCAAAUGUAUAAGAAUGUCCAUAUGUCCCUAGAACUGAGAUAGUAUUAACGCAAGUAUGAUUUUUAUUGCAGUUAUGAGAACUGAGCAUGUAAUCACAGCAGUACAUGCAAUUAAAAGUACUUGUAACAUUAAGGUUAAGUAAAGUACACCACUAAUAUGGCCAAAACUGUUUAAUAACAUUUUCACUUGCUUAAUUCUGCAACAUUACCAACAAAAAUUAAUGUUCUUUGGUACUUGUUGCUUCACUGCAAGUUCUGAAAUACUAAAUAUGGUGAGGUGAAAGUAGGCAGGAGUAUUAACUACAGCCCAGGUCUUGUUCCUUUAUACAGUAAUUGAUGCAGUGGAUUGGAUGAUUAAUGUACAGUAUUGGCAAGCUUGUCAGCUGAUGCCCGAGGCUCCCAGGCCCCUCUACUUGUGCAACUAGUCUGUAUACUGUACCAGAAGUUCAGUAAAAAACAACAAAUUAAA